GGCGGCGGGGUGCACACCCCGCCGCGGUACCGGCAGUUCCCGGAGCUGACGCGGGCGCAGGUGAUCCGGAGCGAGCUCCUCAGCGGCUUCAUGUGGUUCUGGAUCCUCUGGCACUUCUGGCACAACUCGGACAUGGUGCUGGGCCACUUCCCCUACCCCGACCCUUCGGCCUGGACGGACGAGGAGCUGGGCAUCCCCCCGGACGACGCGGAAUAG